CAGGCGUGAGGACGUUAUGUGAUCGGGGUCUCCACGUUUCCGUGCUCUUGCGUCGCGUGAAUCUUCUUUUUAUUUUAAUUAUUUUUAUUUAUUUAUUUCAGGCGCCCGGUUGGACUCCGUCAACUGUUUUUACCCCGUAGUUAUUGUUGACGCCUCGAGCAAUUAAACAAACAAACAAAAAUAAAUAAAAUAAAAUAAAAAAUUGAGCCAGGGUCAGUUGAGAAGUUGCGUGCGCGUGCGCGUGCUCGCUCGCUCGCGUGCGGACGGUCGGAGCGGUCGCGGAACGGUGAAGCGCGCGAGGAACAGGGCGAGGAGCCGAAGGGAUGGUGGACAACUCCAACAGCGGCAAGACCCAGAUGGUCAUUGACGACUAUGCGACUUCCUCCCUUCCAAACCCCGCCCUUCCUUCGUUCUCUCAGGAGAGCAGUUUAGGAGGCAGUGUUUUCCCUCAGGGAGGUCCAGCGGGGGUGAAGCUCGAAGCAGUGAUGGAGCAUUUGCAGCGGCAGCAGCAGGCGCGCUUGGAGAUGGAGCGCAAGGAGCGGCGUCUGAGGGACGCUCGUCUGAUGUACGCUCAACAAGUGGCCGCUCAGCACGCCAUCCUGGCGGCGGCUCGGGCCUCGGCUCUGGGCAACAGCGGAAAGGCCCAGGUUCACGGGGUCGCCCUGGAGAGACCGGAUGACAUCGCGCGGGGCAGGGACUCAGGUGAUGACGACGAAGACGUCGAUGCCGAUAACGACGACGAAGAGGAACCGAUGGCUGACGAGGGCAGCGAGGAGGACGAGGUGGACGACGGCCCAGUGAGCGGGCUGGAGUUUUUGCGCAAGCAGACACUGGCGCUGCAGCAGAGCGCCAUGGCCAGGCAGUUUACAGGCUACGCUGCAGCAUCAGCGCCGGCAGCCAGGAUUCAGAGGGACGACGUGUCUCCCAUCAGGGUCAAACAAGAGCCGGAGGGUGACCUUUCACCUGCUGGUCCGCAGACAGCUGCGUCUCCAAACGAACAGGCUGACUGGGGCUAUGACGAACACUUCAAGCAGAAUGGCAAUGGUGUAUGGGGAGAAGAAUCAGACAGCAACAGGUCGAGAGGAGAGGCUUCCAGAGACUUCGCCAAGUUGUAUGAGCUGGACAGCGACCCCAACAGAAAAGAGUUUCUGGAUGAUCUCUUCACCUUCAUGCAGAAAAGAGGAACCCCAGUGAACCGAAUCCCCAUCAUGGCCAAGCAGGUGCUUGAUCUCUACAUGCUCUACAAGCUGGUGACCGAGAAAGGAGGCCUGGUGGAGGUCAUCAACAAGAAGAUAUGGAGAGAAAUCACCAAGGGCCUCAAUUUACCCACCUCCAUCACCAGCGCUGCCUUCACACUCCGCACACAGUACAUGAAGUAUCUGUACCCGUACGAGUGUGUACGCAAAAGCCUGAGCUCUCCCAGCGAGCUGCAGGCCGCCAUCGACAGCAACCGGCGUGAGGGGCGUCGCCCCAGCUACAGCAGCAGCCUGUUUCGCUUUAGCUCCUCCCCCAGCUCCGCUUCUCACAUCCUCUCCCCACCCAAAAUGCACCUGGCAGCAUUGGGUGCUGGAGCUGCAGUGGCACUAAACGGUCUGCAGGGGGCAUCAGCACACUCACUCAAGGCUCUGGAAGACGCCUCUUCAUCUCUGCUGGCAGCUCGUGGCCCGGCCAUGGCGCUGGCUCUGGGUCAGCAGCAGGUGGCAGGACUGGCUCGGGCAGCCACGCUGGAGCAGCUGAGGGAAAAGUUGGAGACUGGAACAGGACUCGGAGCCUCUGAGGGGCCCGAGAGGAAGAUGGCACGUCUGGCCGAGGAGCAGCAGAGACUCAUGCAGCAGGCAUUUCAGCACAACCUGCUCGCCAUGGCGUCUCAAAUGCCCAUGAACCUGCGCAUGGGUCUGACACCAAAAGAUGAUAAGCAUGACCUGGCCUUGAGCAUUUCCUCCACAGGGUCUGCCAGCAUCAGUGUAUCUGUAGAGGUCAACGGUGUCGUCUACUCAGGAAGUCUCUUUGCUCAGAAGCCUGCUUCAGUGGCGGUGUCUUCUGCAGCCAGCUCAUCGUCCGUGCCACCCAACACCACCUUCGUCUUCCCGAGCCACAGCCCCUCCUCCUCUUCCUCAAAAGGCCCCAGCUCGGCCGAGCCGUCUACCAGCGGCUCACCAUAGCGGAGGAUGGGUUCUCCACUGCCCAGGCUCCGACCUCCUCGUCCAGGCCUCGGCACGGUCGCUACACGCCUUGCUUUGAAAAAAAAACAGACUGUUACACAACCAGUACCUCAUUUACUUCUUGUCAGCUUUAGCUGUCUAUACAUCUUCAGACAUAUUUAACACACACACACACACACACACACACACAUAUACACACACAUAUAAGCACACAAACACUGUGCAAAAUAAAUAACGCUAAACACAAUCAGGACAUUCAGCCAAAAUCCACUGACAGGUGUUCAUUACAGGACUUGAAGAGUUUUAUUUAGAAGAAAAAAAGUGCUAUUUUGUUCGU